GAUGAUUGAAAGUGAGUAAAAGUUAACUUAUUCUUGAUAAAAUUAAUCUAACGAGGAUUAAUUAAAUAGAAAAAAGUAGCUUUACGAGAAGGAUAAAUGUUUCGAGAUCUACCAUGUCGACACGUGAAUCUGCUGAAACAUUAUUGUCUAUAAAAAAUGGGGGUUAUCCAUUGAUCGACGAAAUCAAAACUGAAAUAAUUGACGACGAUGACACAAUGGAUAUGGAUGAUCAUCAAAUUUCAAACAACUCAACGGAUUCACACAUGGAUACAGAAGAAUCCGAUCCAAUUCCUGAGCUUGGUCCCGCAGCUUUAGGACUUCAAAGAGUAGGUACUCAACCUCCUCCAAAACCGAAUCCUCCUACUCAACCAGUUCAAGUUUUAAACCGCAGAGGGAUGCCAGCAAGAAUAAGAAAAAAAAAUAAAUUAUUUUAUGAUGACAUAUUAGUCAAUCAUCCUCAUCACAGAAUUAAAAAGGACCCAUCACAUCCGGAUCAUAAGCAAUCUCCUAAGAAAGUACCCAGACCAUCACCAGCAAAAAAACAAAAUAGAAUGUCCAAUGAGCCAAGGAAAAGCAACAAUAUGUUGAGUCGACCAUUAACACCUUCAAUGACUCCAAUUAAGCAAGAAAAAGAACCUGAUAAACCAAUACAACCUUCAUCUCCAGACCGUAAAAUUGGACAAAAGAUUGGUAUGCGAUUAAGAAACUUAUUGAAAUUACCAAAGGCUCACAAGUGGGUUUGUUACGAAUGGUUUUAUAGUAACAUUGAUAAGACACUAUUUGAAGGUGAUAAUGAUUUUAUGAUAUGCCUGAAAGAAUCGUUUCCACAAUUAAAAACUCGGAAAUUAACCCGUGUUGAAUGGUGCAAAAUAAGAAGAAUGAUGGGCAAACCACGGAGGUGCUCACAGUCAUUUUUUGAAGAAGAGAGACGGGAGCUAGAGAGGAAAAGACAAAAAAUUCGAAUGUUACAACAGCGAAAAGCUGCAGACGUUAACAGUUUUAAAGACUUGCCACCAGAAAUACCAUUGCAAUUGGUAAUAGGUACCAAAGUUACAGCAAGACUGAGAAAACCACAAGAUGGAUUGUUCACUGGAAGUAUUGAUGCAGUAGAUACAAGUAAUAAUACCUAUAGAAUUACUUUUGAACGUGCUGGACUUGGAACCCACAGUGUCCCAGAUUAUGAAGUACUGUCAAACGAACCACCAGAAACAAUAAGCGUCGCUUCAUUUGCACAAAAGUUUAGACCUAGACACGUACAAUAUGUACCAUCACCCCCAUAUGCGAUGAAGUUGAUGUCACCACGAUUGAACAGUGAUCCUUUAAUAUCUAAUGCGUCUGUUUCCUUACCAAAGAAGUCACACAUUGGUGGAACAAUGAAUGGUUAUCCUUUAAAACUGCUCGAGUUUAUGGUGAAAGUAAAUAAAAUAUUAACUGCUAAGAAAAUAAAAAUUAAAAAAUUAAGAGAGAUGAAUAGCGAAGCAGAAAAAAGACGAUCCUUUGGAGAACCGCUUCCACCAGACUUUGAAAGGAGAUACGCAGGGAUUGUGGUUGAAUUGGAAAAGAUGAAUACCGCACUUCAAGAUUUUCUGAAUGAUGUUCAAGAACUGUGUCAAGAAAUGGCUCCUGAACCUAGUGUUGCUGCUAUGCUCGCACCAUCUCAUCUUCGUGAAAAAUGUAGGCAAGAAGCAGCAGAUAUGGUUACUAGAAAUAAUAUUGUCAAUGACAAGGAACCUGGAAAGAUGACACAAUUAAUAACAGAUUUAACAGCUCUUAUGCUUCAAGUGAAGAGUCUGUCAGAUUCGGAUCGAAAUGCAUACGAGUUGAAGGUAUUGCAGGGCACUAUAGAACAGAUACGUUCAAAAUUGAGUCCACAAAAUCAACAAGUUUUUCAAAAUUGUGUCGAAAUACACAUGCAACAUAUACAAUUAGGUCUUGGACAAAGAGGUGCUUUAACACCAUUUAUGGCUCAGAGGGCUUAGCAAAUAUGAAAUUAACUUUCACGAUACUUUUAAAG